AUGACCAUCAAAACUUGGGCGAUAGAAGACCGCCCAAGAGAAAAACUCAUUCUCAAAGGCAAGCAAGCACUCUCCGAUGCCGAACUGAUAGCCAUCCUCAUCGGCUCAGGCGUAGUCGGUAAAAGCGCACUCGAUGUCACCAAGGCUAUCCUCCACUCCGUUGACAACAACCUCAACGAAUUGGGCAAAAAGACGCUCUCCGACCUCCAAAAAUUUGCAGGUAUAGGCGAAGCACGCGCCAUCAUCAUCAUCGCCGCCUUAGAGCUUGGUCGCCGCCGCCAACUCAGCGACGUGCGCGAGCGCGUGCGCAUCACCACCAGCCGCGAUGCCUACAACGUCAUAGCGCCAUUGCUCAUCGACCUCCAGCACGAAGAGUUUUGGAUGCUCCUCCUCAAUCGCAACAACGAAGUCACCGCUCGACACAAAAUAAGCUCCGGCGGCACCUCCGCCACCGUAGUAGAUAUGAAAAUGAUAUUUCGCCCCGCCUUGGAGAGCCUUGCGGCUGCCAUUGUGGUCAUGCACAAUCACCCUUCGGGCAACUUGCAGCCCAGCAAAAGCGACAUCGACCUCACCCAAAAAAUAAAAGCCGCCGGCGCAAGCCUCGAUAUUACCUUGCUCGACCACCUUAUCGUAUCGGAGCGCGGGUAUUAUAGCUUUGCCGAUGAGGCGAUGUUGUGA